CUCCGUUUCUUUAUGCAUUACACUAUAGUAAUUAAAAAGUAGAUUCUCAUUCUACCGUGUGAAAAGCAAUUUCAUAAUUUAAUUCAAAUGAACCGACCGAUGAAAAUGUCGGCAGUUUAAGCUAUAUUCGAUAUGUUGCUUCAUUUCGCCACAUAGUGUCGCCACUAUAUCUCAAUUAUUAGAGAACAUGACGUCACAGGGAAGAAUGCCAACACCAGCCAACACUACUAAUGGCGGAUGGACAGAUAGUGCUGAAUAGUGCAGUAAUCCCUAAAAAAGGGCAACGCGAGAUCCUAAAGCUCUGUCGUCCAAACAAUACUUUUAACAUUUUGUCAAUCCUUAAUUGAAAAUAUAAGUACGAAGAAAGAGCAAGAAUAUCUUUCAAACUAAGCGAAUACAUCUUCAGAAGGAAACUUCACUGGGAAGACUGUUUCUGUUACAAAAUUCUUAGCCAGGCCAAUAGAUGAAUGACUGGUGUUUUGAGGGCGCUUGCAACCUUCUACUAAAUCGAUAUCAGGGUCACAGCUGUUUGCCCCUCUACACUUUAAAAUCACCACCAAAGGAUUUGACAUAAGCGUAGCUAUGGCUUGGCACUGCAAUGGAACUACGAAUCAAGAAAUGGUGGAGAAGUUGAAAGCUGCUGGUAUACUUGCUACUGAUAAAGCUGAGGCUGCAAUGUUAGCUGUGGAUAGAGCAAAGUAUUGCCAUGAUUUGGAUCCUUACUUGGAUAGACCUAGGCGAAUUGGAUACAAUGUCACAAUCAGUGCUCCUCAUAUGCACGCUUACGCUCUUACAAUUCUCUCCGAUCAACUCCAAAAUGGUGCUAAGGCUUUGGACGUGGGCUCCGGUUCCGGUUAUCUGACAGCCUGUAUGGCACAUAUGGUGGGUUCUUCAGGAUGCAUUAUUGGUUUGGAACACAUCCCGGAGCUGAUUGAGAUCUCAACCAGGAACGUGCGAGAAGAUUGUCCUGACCUAAUUGAGGAGGGCCGAAUCAAAUUUGUUGUGGGAGACGGCAGAUUGGGAUACGCUGCUGCUGGCCCUUAUCAAGCUAUUCACGUUGGGGCCGCUGCUGAUAUUCUGCCCCAGGCGCUGAUCGACCAGCUGGCUCCUGGAGGUAGACUGAUUUGUCCUGUAGUAGCCAUCGAGGGCUUCCAAAGAUUUCAAGAUCUAGUGCAGGUUGAUAAGCAUCUUGAUGGAACAAUUGAAAAGAAGAAGCUUAUACAAGUUUCGUAUGUUCCUCUAACUGAUGCUAGUGUCCAAUUACAUAAUUAAUUAGGAAUUCAUUUUAUAUACCAGAAGGGCAUCUUACUAGAUAAAUAGGAACUGUAUGCUUAGUUCCUUAAUAGAUAUUAACUAAAUCAAUGUACACAUUACAGUAAUUUUUUUUUUUUUUUUUUUGGAAUCUGAUAAUCUUACAAUCCCAAAUAUAAGACAUUAAAUUAUUUUCAUUCAUGCAUCAGAAUCUCAAGUGCACUACAAUUUGUCACGGUGUGUUAAAUCAAUAAAAUAUAUUUUGCGUA